AUGCUGGCACUCUCACGUCCUCGUUAUAUUUUUGCUCACCAUUUUCACAGUUUUUUUUUACUGAAAAAAAUACCUAUGAAAUGUAAUAAUUUUGCUAAGAUACUGAGGAUAUUCACGCUACCUAUCAAAUAAAAAACCCAUCAAAGUAUAUUUGGAACUCAUUAGAUCUUUUCUCGAUUAUUCGAAUAACUUGUGCGCCAUUGAAUCAAUCAAACUUUGCAUGAGCUGAUAGUUUGAAAAUGGCGUGUUAUGCGUCUUCCCGCUAUCGUUCACGACAUUGUAAUAAGGUUCAGAGAACGUUUUGCCUCUGUUAACACGAUUAAUUUGCUAUUAUUUCUUUUACCUCGCAUUUUAAACUUCUAGGAGGCAAAAGACAAACACAUAGAAGAGGGCCUAGUUAGUUAGUUUCAGUCUUUGAAGCAGUAGGUGUAACUAUUUUCCCUCACAAGGGAGAUUAUUUCACUUUCCGGUUGGGAUUUUCCUGAAAAUUAACAAGAAACUUUCAUGUCAAUUUUUCCCCCAAAAUAGCCUUUUUUGGGUUUUUUUAAACAUUUUUCCUGCACUAAACAUUGACAUUAUAUCAUCUAAAUGUUACAAAUCAACAGUGAUCGACUGUUUUAUUUAUAAAAGCUCUAUUUAUACGCCUCUUCCAUUACUUUGAAAAUAAGAGGGAAAAAAUUGCAGCUCUGGAAUCGGCAGCGCGUUUGACGCAAGUGACAGUGUCGUCGUCGUCGGGCGGGGCCGUGCCCGUCGUCGUCGGCGAUCCGGCUCCGUCGGCGGGCUCUCCGCUCUCCUUGCAAAGGCUGCCGUUGCUGAUCCUCCAGAAUCCGCCUCGAAUCCCUCGUCUUUUCGCAGAAUUUUUCACAUUAAGCAGGUCUGUAAAUCUACAUCUUCAGAUACAGCUCAUAUAAAAAAUAAAAAUUAACUGAACAUUUUUUUAAUAAUGUUUCAUCUUCUGUUCCUGUCCAGCGGCGAUUCAUCUGUAGGAAUUUUGCUUUCAGACUCACAAUAAGACUUUCUUGAUUAGAAAACAUCUAAUGAUGUAAUGACGAGAAUAAUUUCGAACGGCGAAAACAUUUAUUUUUAAUCGUACUGUCUCUAACAUACAUUAUGCAAUUUUUCAGCAAAGCCAUGCCGACUGAUGUGUGGUCCUGGCUGGCCGUCGCCGGUCUUUUGUUUGUUUCUGGUCUCUACAUCAUUCACAUGAUAGCCUUUGUAUACUCGUAAGCUGCAUCUUUUUAUCCGACGUGGAUUUCUCCACUCAGGAAGUACCGUUUGCAUCGUCCAGUCCGACCUGAUCGAUCUCUACCCGGCGUUUCUGUGAUCAAGCCCCUCGUAGGCGUCGAGGAGAACUUGAGAGAAAAUCUUGAAACUUUCUUCACCUCGGUUUAUCAUCAGGUAAACUUCUUCAGAAGCCCAUUUUCUAUUUAAGCGUUGUUUCAGUAUGAGCUCCUUUUCUGUGUUCACUCUCCAGAAGACGACUGUGUCCCGGUUUUGAAAGAGAUCAUGAAAAAAUACCCCGCAGUGGACGCUCGCAUUUUCUACAGUUCGUUUCUCGUGUCCAAUCGUCCAGUCGAUGAUUAAAUAAUACUUCAGAGGGCGAGAAGGUCGGCCUGAAUCCGAAGAUCAACAACAUGAUGCCAGCCUACCGCGCAGCGAAACAUCCACUUGUUCUCGUCAGUGACAGCGGUAUUUUUCGAUGUUUGUCAGUGGGAAACAGGCUCUCAGGAAUUUCGAUGCGGCCUGACGCGAUUCAAGACAUGGUGGCGACGAUAGAAAGCGACCCGAAGACGGCGCUCGUCACUCAGAUGCCGUAUUGCAAGGACCGUCCAGGUCUCUCCGCGGCUUUAGAGCAGGUGAGUCCAUCUGCCUUGUUAGAAGUUUUCAGCUUAAUUUUAUCACAAUGAAAUUUCAUCUUUUGUCAGUUCUUUUUUUCUUUUCCUCACAAAAAGGUUUUAUAAGCUUGAAAAGUCAGAUUCUAACUUCACAGUUCAGAUUGCCUUCAUGAAAAUCCAUUUUUUACAGGUGUACUUUGGGACGUCGCACGGUCGGAUCUACCUGGCCGGCAACUGCCUCAACUUUGUCUGCUCGACAGGAAUGUCUUCUUUGAUGCGGAAGAGCGCCCUCGACGAAUGCGGGGGGAUCCAGGCGUUCGGCGGCUAUCUCGCUGAAGACUAUUUCUUCGGCGUCGAACUCGCCAAACGGUAAAAAGCCUCUCGUUUGUCUUCCGACGAUUGAAAAUUCAUACAGAGGGUACAAAUCGGCCAUCUCCACGCACCCGGCGCUUCAAAACUCGUCUUCUGUCUCGAUAGCCUCAUUUCUGGAUAGGAUAUGUCGCUGGAUCAAACUCCGUAUUGCCAUGCUUCCUCAUAUAAUUGUACUGGAACCUCUCCAAGUGAGUUCUCGAUCUAUCUCUUUCCUGUUAGCAAGUUGUUUCCUUCAGGAUUGUUUCCCGUCUGGCCUCAUCGCUUCUUUCUCGGCCACCUGUCUUUUCGGAUUUAACCCACUCACUUAUUUUUUAAUUCACACUGCUUUAUGGCUGACUAUGGACUACUCUUUGAUGCUGUCAAUCCAGGUCCUUUUAACCUUUUUUUCGAACGUUCAGAUUUUUCACGCCCAAAUAUCGGUAAGUCUAAAACCGACCAACUUGCCGGGAGAGAAAGAUCUCUAACAGAAAAAAAAAAAACUAGAUUCGCCAAGAUUUGAUACUGUGUUUUUCUGCUAUGAGUUCGCUUCUUGAAAAUACUAUUUUUUUUUGUCUUUGAUUUUUCUUGUAGAAAUUUUCUUUGAAAAACAUAAAACUUUCUUGAUUAAGGUGUUCAUCAAAAAAAUGAACUUGUUCAAAAUAAUCUAUGAAAAUAUCAUCUGUCACGUCAUUUUUUACACUUUUUUUCAAUAAUAUCUUGAAAAUAGACGAUGGGGGCAAAUACAUUUUUUGGAUGUUCGAAUAAUAAAAAAUAUUCAUUUCCUCCUUUUUUUUCGAGUUUUUUUUUUGGAGAAUCCUGAUGUUUCUGGUUCCAGAACGGUCCGAUGCCAUUCCCGACGAGAUACUUCCUUUUGGCCUGGCUCAUUCGAGAAUUGUCGGCUCCUCUGGUCUUCGCGACGGCGCUGUUCAGACCGGCGAUCCGUUGGCGCAACAAUUCUUUUCGUCUCGCCUGGGGAGGAAAAAUCAAAUCUUGUUGA